CACACAAAUCCCCAUAAAGACAGGGAUCACAAAGAUUGUUACUUUACUCUCUCUCUCUCUCUCUAAAUUCUAUACGUUUUCUGCAGCAAAGGCAAAGGCAAAGCAAUAAUGAAGGAGGAGAGAGAGGAUGUGUUGUCAUGGCCUCUCAUAGGAGAGACGGAGAAGAAGUGUAUUAUUACUGGUGGAAUAAAGGUGGAAGUGAAGAAGCAGCUAUGGCUUGCUUGCCCUCUAAUCGCAGUGAGUCUUCUUCAGUUUUCCCUGCAAGUAAUCUCAGUCAUGUUCCUCGGACAUCUUGGCUCUCUUCCCCUCUCCGCCGCCGCCGUUGCUACCUCCUUCGCCUCCGUUACCGGCUUCACCUUCCUCAUGGGAACAGCAAGUGCGUUGGACACAGUUUGUGGCCAAUCAUACGGAGCAAAAAUGUACGGGAUGUUAGGGAUACAGAUGCAAAGAGCAAUGCUUGUUCUUACACUCUACUCUGUUCCUCUCUCCAUCAUUUGGGCCAACACAGAGCAUUUCCUCGUCUUCUUCGGCCAAGACAAAUCCAUCGCAUACCUAUCUGGCUCCUACGCUAGAUUCAUGAUCCCUAGCAUCUUCGCCUACGGUCUUCUUCAAUGUCUCAACAGGUUCUUGCAGGCGCAGAACAAUGUGUUUCCUGUGGUGUUCUGUUCUGGAGUCAUCACUUCUCUUCAUGUGAUCCUCUGUUGGGUCUUGGUGUUGAAAUCUGGUUUAGGUUUUAAAGGAGCAGCUGUUGCGAAUGCGAUUUCGUAUUGGCUUAAUGUCAUUCUCUUGUCGUGUUACGUCAAGUUUUCGCCUUCUUGCUCGAAGACCUGGACUGGUUUCUCUAAGGAGGCUCUACGUGAUAUCAUUCCUUUUAUGAAGCUAGCUAUUCCUUCUGCACUUAUGGUCUGCUUAGAGAUGUGGUCCUUUGAACUUUUGGUUCUCUCGUCCGGACUUCUUCCGAACCCGGUUUUAGAAACUUCUGUCCUAUCAAUAUGCCUUAAUACAUCAGGAACAAUCUGGAUGAUCCCAUUUGGCCUCAGUGGCGCCGCAAGCACAAGGGUGUCAAAUGAGCUAGGUGCAGGGAAUCCGAAAGUGGCUAAGCUUGCGGUUCGUGUGGUCUUGAGCAUUGCAAUCGUAGAGAGUAUGCUAGUUGGUUCGGUUUUGAUACUGAUAAGGAAGAUAUGGGGAUUCGCUUACAGUAGUGACACGAAAGUAGUCACGUAUGUAGCCUCCAUGUUGCCGAUUCUUGCCUUAGGCCACUGCCUAGACAGCUUCCAAAGCGUUCUUUCAGGGGUGGCUAGAGGAUGUGGAUGGCAGAAGAUUGGAGCUUUCGUGAAUCUUGGAUCAUAUUACCUUGUCGGAGUUCCGUUCGGUUUGUUACUUGGUUUUCACUUUCACAUCGGUGGUCGGGGGCUUUGGCUGGGAAUCAUAUGUGCACUCGUCGUUCAAGGUGUAUGUCUUUCCCUCAUCACCUUUUUCACAAAUUGGGAGGAAGAGGUGAAGAAAGCUACAAGCAGAGUUGAGUCUUCUUCAGAUGUGAAGGAUUUUGCAGCCGACAAUGGGUCUACUAUUGUAUGCUGAGAGCUAUAUAUUUUCAAAAAUCAGAAUAUGUAUAUUUUGAUUAUGAACCCUUAUAAUUAAGUUGGGGAUAAUUUCAUUAAGAAGUGUUUAUGAUAUUUCUGUUGCUUUUCAACUCUAUAUGGGGCCCAUUUACCAUGGAUUGUCUGAUAAUUUGUUUUGUUCUA